AUGUCAGGCGCAACCAGGUAUACAGUCUAUGUCGCUGUACACAAGGGCGAUCCUAUGGACUUCUCAAAAUACAGGCAUACUGGACUCUGGUUUGUGCCUGAGAAUAGUGUCCCACACUACUUCUACCAUGUAAGAGGCAAACCAACGGUGUUUCUGUUUGAAAUGCGCAAGAACUGGGACCCUACGAGGUCUGCAAACUUUGCAAAAAAGGUUUUGGCCGGACGGAUUAGCCAUCCACUGACGGCCUCUGAGCUUGAGCAACAUAUGAGGUCUGUCACUGUGGGCAACGACGACCAUGAGUUCAACUGCCAGCAGUGGGUUCAGAUGGCCCUCUUGUUACUCCGUCAGAAGGGUCUUUUGACUCAAGAGCAGUACGAUGCAGGAGUGGACGGGAUGAUUGAUGCGACAAUGGAGGCAGCAGACGAAGAUAUAGCAUGA